AUACGCCUUCAAUUCACACCGCACUUCGCACCGCAGGCAGAAAGCGAUCGCGAGCUUCAGUCGCUUCAGCCACGCUGGUUCUGGCGCUCUGCACUUUACACUUCCUGAAACUAGUCCUUGCGCUUUAAUAGCUGUGACCAGGCGCGUCUGAGGAAAGUAUUAGAGCGCGCGACCGGUCUGAGAUUCUCGCAGCCUCAGUCGAGCCUGGACGGCCAUGCUGAUUUCUCACUAGUAAAGGCUUUGGGCGAGCGCUGGGGCGCGGAGCCGAGCGCGUUGCCGGGCGCGGCCUCCAACAACCUGGGACUGGGCUCCCUGAAGCGGCUUCUGUCUGACUAGCAGGUACACCACACGUUCCAUCAAAGAUGCUGGCAGACGUCAUUGCACCAGCAGCAUCCCAUUGGCCUGCCGCUGGUAGCGUCGCGCAAGUGCUGCCCGCGGCGCCGGCAACGCAGCUCUCCGGCAGCAGCAGCGCCGCGGGCGGGUGGGCCGCUGGCUGCGCCUCUCCCGGCAUGCGUUCAAUGCUGCCUCCCAGUGCAGCCGCCGCUGCAGCCGCCACAGUGUCAGCAACCGGUACAUCCGCAGCAGCGGCGGAUCUGGCCCUGAAACCGUACGGUACGACGGGAGCUGGUGCGAGCCGCACCAGCGGCGGCGGGGGCGGCGCCGCCGCCACCGCUUCCUCGGCCCGGCCACUUCCUCUGUGGGAUGAAGUCGACGCCUGCGUGCCAGCGUCGCACCCCCAACCGCACCCUCACCCCCACCAGCAGCACCUGCACCAGUACCCACACCCCGCCAGCCCGGCUCGCGGCCUGUGCGCCGUGCCUGUCUCGCCAUCGCGCGGCCCCAACAACAGCAGCCUGCAGCCCAUGCCCUCCCACCUCAGCGGCGGCGCCGCCAGCCACUGCGGAGGCCUGUUGGAGCCACACGGCGCCGCCGGCGCCGCCACGGCGUCCCCGCGCCGCACGGGCCUGAUCUCUAGCGCGGCAGGCGGCUGCAUCGGCGGCGGCGGCGGCAGCACAGGCAUGGGUGUGGGCGUGGGUGCCGCCGCGCGGAGCAACGUACUGCCGGGGGCACCGGCGCGACUGAGCCUUGACAGCGUAGACGGCGGGGCGGAGGUGGCAGGCGCCGCAGGCGCCGCGGCCGCCUCGGCACCCGGCCUGCCGGCCGCCCACGACCCGCACCAACAGCACCAGCACCAGCACAGCCUGCGUGCGGCGUGUACCUCCCCCCGGACCUCAUUGGUGGCGGCGGUACCGAUGGCGGCGUCAGGGCCAGGCUGCGUAUCUGCCGCUGUAGGCGCUGGAGCCGGCGUCGGCGCCGGGGGCUGGACGACCUCCGUUCGUGCGUCCCACGUCGCACGCUCCAACCCGCACUCGCCCAUCUCCUACCGCACACAUGGCCAGCAGCAGCAGCAGCAGCAGCACACGCCGCGCGCGCACCACGCGGCACCCGUCGGCCGCGCCUCCGCCACCGCAAUCGGCAUGACGGCAACACCGGCCGCCGUCGCCAGCCCGCGGCUCGCGCAACCCACCUCCCUCUCCUCCACCUUUGCCUCCGUGGCCCACGCACCAGCGGCCUCGGCCAUGCCGCCGCGGUGGGGCUCGACGGGCAUGGUGAUGGAGCGGCGCGUGUGUGGCGUUUAUGACCAUGACGCCUUCAGCGGCGGGGAGCAGGAGGAGGAGGGCGAGGAGGAGGACGACGAGGCGGUGCCGUUGCCGGCGGGGGCGGCCGUGGCGGCGGCCGCAGGCGGCGGGCACCGGUCUAUUGGAGGCCGUGUGGGCAGCGUCGCGUCCGGCGGUGCCUCGCCCUCGCGCGUGUAUGGUGCCGGCGGCGCCGCCGGUGGCGGCCAUUGCCAUCAGGCCUGGAGUCCGGACCCGUGCGGCUCUCCUGCGGGGCCGCCGCUGACGCCGCGCGGCGCUUGGGGCGCGGGCGGAAGCGGCGGCGACAGCAUGAACGCGGCUGCCGGCGCCUUCCAGCGGCGGCGGCACUCCCAGGUGCAGGCCCAAGGCCCGGCCGGCGGCUCAGCGGCAGCGGCAGCGGCGGGGCCCGAGGAGCCAGAGCAAGAGGCGUACAACUGGGAUUUUGGGACGGACAUGCAGCGCGAGCGCGAGCGGGUGCGGCUGGCAACGGCCGAAGCCGCAGGCCAAAUCCGCUACGCGCCGCCCGCGCAUCAGGGCCGGAAGAGCGGCCUCUUCGGGGUGGGGACUCUUGGCAUCGGCAUGGGAGGCAGCAGCCAGGGCGGCAGCGGCCGGCUGGGCGGGCAGACCGCGGCGGCGAUGCUGGCGGUGCGCCACAGCGCGAAUGGCGCCGUUGCCGGAGGGAACGUCAACGGUGUGGCGGGUGGCAGCGGGCCUUGCAGCAUGAGCGGCAGUGCGGCGGGCGACGGCGCAGCCAGCAACGGCAGCACCAGCAGCAACCGCACCAGCAGCAACGGUUUGGCGGCGCGCGGUGACACGCCCUCGCCGGAGCCGGGCGCGCUGGCGCAGCAGCAGCAGACUGCAGCCCGCCAGCCGGCGGCUGCAGCAAAGCAGCCCACGACAGGAGCUGCGGCCGGUGCUGCGGCGCGUGUGGGCUACUACUACAAGGGCACGGCAGUCGGCCCGGGAGAUGCUCCGGCGCGCAAGCAGGCGACGGGCACGGAGAGCAAAGCCUCCAGGGCGGCGGAGCCGUCGGAGGAGGAGCAGCAGUGGCGCUUCGCAGACGACUUGCAGCGAGAGCGAGAGCAGGCACGGCUGACUGCAGCCGUAGUUGCGGCGGAUGAAAUUGUGUACUCCACUGCGGCGAACGAGCGCAAGAGCCGCGGCAGCGGCAGCAGUGGCGGCGGCGGCGGCGGAGCCAACAGGCGCUCUCUGAACCUGGGAGGUCGGCUGAUGUCGUUGCGCAAGCUGGGUAGCAACGCACGGAAGCAUAAGAGUAUGGAUGUGGGGCUGUCACAGGCAGUCAGCAGCAACCUGUAAUCACGUGGUCAUUGUGCUGAUGGAUGCACGGGCAGGGACGCAGUACAGUACGGCGUGCGUGUCGCAGUAUGGUGUGCGUGUGAGUCAGGAGGUCGCAGGUGUUGUGCGCGAACGCGGCGCGAACAUGGUUGUUCCCGUAAAUGGGGUUUGCCGGAUGACUAAAUGAUGGGAAAUGAGAGGGAUUUAUGCGUGGCAGGUAGGCUUUUGUACCUGGUCCACUGCGGCGAACGAGCGCAAGAGCCAUGCUGGCUCGCUGGGUGCUAGCAAAUGGCUUGUCGUGUAUGUUUGUGUGAGAUUGAGUGGAGGCCGUGUGGGCGCGUGGCCGCCGUCAUUUCGUGAUUGCUCUGCAGCGACGAGCCGAGACGAGCUAAGAGCGAGAGAAGAGGCGCGUCAAGCGCCAGGAGCUUACGUGUGGCCAUAUGCCAAAGGCAUUGUGCGAAUGACGAGCAGCACGCUCUGCUCUCAGUUUUGGAGUUGGCCAGCAAAGGGCUACACUAGGCAGUGUGUUGGCGAGCAGAGGGCUACACUGGGCAGUGUGUUGUAUACGGCUGCCGUACGCGCUGGAGUCCCCCGGUCCCACUGGCUGACACAGAGAAGCGAGCUGCACUGGGUUGGGUACAUAAGUACAUUGAGCGCGACGGAUCAGGUGACGGGGCAGGCUGACGGGACGCAGCAGAUAUUGCGGUGUUCGGCUGGGUUGCUAGGUGGCACUCUGGAAAGCCGGAAGGGCUUGGACGGUUUAGGGCUUACGGAGCACGGGUGCUGCGUGGAUGGGUGGUAUGCGCGCGUGGGAAGUUGGGCCGCGGUUCGUUUGCAGCCCCCAUCCGUUGCCCUGCUGUGUUCGCACUCGCGCGCGACAAGCGACAGGCGAUUGCUUACAUGGUGGUGACAUGCGCGAAAGGUCUUCCGUGUUGUAGGACAUGCGCAAUGGGGCUGCGCAGCUGCAGCAGGCCUUGAAUGAAGGGCCAUGAGGCAUCAUCCAACAGACUCCUGCGCACGACUCCAUUGUGCAAAAUGGUCUGCCGGUGAUGUACCGAGAUGGGUAUGGGUAUGGGCAGAUUGCGAGCGCGGCAUGUUUUGCUGCCUUGCGAUCCGAGAUGGUAUGUACUCAUGGCGCGAUGUGGCGCGAUUCGGCAAAGCUUGCUGGAAACUACUUUAUGAGUGGGGCGGCCAGGCUGCAAGUGAGCGACGUCCGCAUGCAAUGCCGCACAAGGCAUCCAGAGUCCACAUUUCGCACGGCACGCCCGGUCUCGGGUUUUUGCAAAGGCCGCACUUCACCACGUCGAAGGGCACACGCAACACAUAAUGUUGGGGGCCGCUAUUCUACAUUGAGAAUUCAUGUUUAGCAAUGACUUCACAGGGGUGUUUGGGGCGUCUGAACGAUGGAAGGCAGGCCACCCCUGAUGGAAGGCAGCCCGUGUUGGCUCGAGCGUUGGGCUGGCACGUGUCCUGUCACCGCCAUGCACAGGGCUGAGGUUUAGGUCCGCAUUGGUCGUGUUGCUGUGCUGUGUGUUGUUGUGGGGCGGUGGUCGUAGUAUGGGCUAGCCGCUGGAGACAGAUACGGUAUGUGUGCGUGUGUACCAGCACGCAGUCAGUGCCGCAAGGUACUGGCGACUGAGCUGUUAGUAGGCGCUUCACCAUCGCGCAAUUUCGGCAUGUGGCGUGGCAUGUGGCAUGGAAGCCGCUGGAUGGACCAAGUUGACACAAUGGAUUAUUGGUGUGUGAGUCAUGUCCAGGGUACAGGAUCAAUUACAAGAGGUACAAUGGAAGUCCCCAAUAAUAACAGUUGCAAGUAUCAACAGCAGUCGCAUUGUCAGUCAUACAACCGACGGCAACACGAGCAGACGCUCGGCACGAGAAGGGUAUUCAUACCAACACUGUAAGCCUCAGACAAUUGCCAUGUUACCUGUGCCGUGGCAGUGCAGAGAUUGAGGGGGCCAAGAGACCUCUCUUGA